UGUGGGGUGAUGUGGGAAGCGAUCGUGGGGAGGUGUUUGCGAAAUAUCUUCUCUCCGUUGUGCGAUUUUCGUCCGUCGUGAUGGACUCCGGGACGGAGGCGUAAUCUUGCGCUACGCGUUAUCGGCGAGAUAAUUAUCUCCCGCGUGCUCGUUCGUCAACGUGCAGCCGAGGGAAACAUCAUGUGCGCGCAAAGCCGCUGACGGGACGAAGCGAAAACGCCGCGGCUGCACGGUCUCUUCGACAAUGAGCGAGGAUACGAGUCCUUCGGAUCGUCAGAUCCUGCUCUCCCGUUUGCUGGACGCCGUUAAACAGUGCCAGAUCCGCUUCGGGGGACGCAAGGAACUUGCCACGGAGAGCGAUAGCAGGGUUGUCAACCUGUGCACGCAGUUCGAAGCCGUCCUGCAGCAUGGGAUGAAAAAAUCCAAAGGAUUGAGCUCGAUCAGGCAAGUCUCCGAGAUUGUCAAGGGCUUGAAUCUCUGGAACAGCGACUCUGACUACGUGAGAGAUUUUGGGCUUUGA